GACAUAAAACUUGAGUAAAACUCAGUCAUUUUGCAACGCAACAUUUGCAAAAGAAAUUAUUUGAUUUAUUUUUAUUCAAUUCGAGUUAUUUACCGUGUUUUAUUAAUUUUUAUUAUUACUUUAUGAAAAAAUGUCAAGUUAUGUGAUACUUGGAAAAGAACAAAUACCAGAAUAUAUAAGAAACAAACCAGGAUGGAUGCAAUGCGUCAUACUGCUCGCCUCUUUGCUCAUCGUCACCUUUUCGGCUGUGGGCAUCGGCAUCCCAAUCGGAUAUACUUACUGCUACAUCGAGCAUAGAUCCAUUGUUAGAAUGGGUAAUACAAACGCAACUUUCGAAAUUCUGCACAUGCCGGUUACAGGCUUCAACAAAACCUGUCAGAACAGAUCCAUUAAUGAAGCACUGAUGUCCAGUUUACUUGUCUCCAAGAUCCUGAAGAUCAGCCACAUGUUGAGUGAAGAGAUAUCCUUCGUACCAGCAUCUAAAGAGAAACCAGUUGUUAAAAUUUAGACUCCUGACUUUUAACCAUGUUACUGUAUUAAUUUCAACAAAUUGCGCUUCGUAAUUUUCUUUGUGAAGUGUGAGACAGAGAGAGGUAAUUAAUAGAAUACUUUAAAUAUAUUUUUAUAUGGACAUUUGAGUGAAAAUUCUGUGCAAAAGUGGUGAUGUGCGUUAUCUCUUGAAAAUUAUUUAGGGAUUUCGAUGAGAUUGGUGAAAUUCAUUGGUGUGUGGCAGUUCACCAUUGGCUGGAAUAUAAUGAAUAUGUUUGAAGUUGA